AUGUCUCAAAGGCAAGACGAGGAGCGUGGACGUGUAUAUAACUACAUGAACGCUGUUGAGAGGGACCUGGCUGCACUCAGGCAGGGCAUGGGACUGAGUCGACGCCCCUCCACAUCCUCCGAGCCGUCACCCACCGUUAAAACCCUCAUCAAAAGCUUUGACAGUGCCUCACAGGGUCCUGGAGCUAAUGCUACUGCAGUCGCUGAUGCAGCCACCGCUGCUGCAAGCACAACCACGAGCGCCCCCUUACCUCGCACACCUCUCAGUCCCAGCCCUAUGAAGACCCCACCUGCUGCUGCUGUCUCACCCAUGCAG